AACAGCAAUCAGGACCUUUUGCAUGAGGUCCUUUUGGUGGGUGCUCUACCUCAGGAACACCCAGACCAGCUGAUCUCAAGCUGCAUGGUCUGAUAGCCCAGCCUUCAAGUCAUAGCACGAGUUAAAGUCUGCAAAUCAAUUAUAGAGCACCUCAAAAUGUCAGCAUAAAGCAGAAGAUUGUGACUAACUUCAGACUGCUGCAAGGACUAAAAUAUGAAAGUGGAAUCACUCAGAGAGAGACAUGGUAUCACAGAAAUCUGGAAACAACGGAAAAUUCCUUCAGCAAGAUUAACUCAAUGAUUCUGCAGAAUAGUGCUUUCUAUUCCUACUUUUCUUGGUAAGUGUAAUUUGCACACCCAAGACAUGUCAAGACAGACAAGAAAAACAAUGUAUGAAGGUUGUGUGCGAGGUGACUGCUGCAGGUAAGUCUGGAACCUGGCUGAAGCUACCUAAUGCCUAACACAGACAAGGGAGUAUUUAGUGAGCUGGGCUGCUUCAUCCCUGUCCUGCACUGCUCCUGUCAUAGCCUGACCCUCCUUGCCCAUGGCUCUGCUGGUGUCCCACACGUCCCUGUCAGCCCCUCUGCCCGGGGGACGCAGGCAGGCAGUUCUGAGAAGAUGCCCUGGUGCUGCUCUUGCCCCGGUCACUGUUACUUCUGUGGCGGGUCCUGUUCUGGGAGAUGACGAAAAUGCCAUUCGAGGGAGUCAGCAUUUCAAAUGGGUCGUUCGAACGUCACAGGUGUCUUUGCUAAAGAUAGCCUGUGCUGAGUAAAAUGGUACCUCCAAACCCUGCAUUUCACAACACGCUCACUCAGCAUAAUAACCCCUCAGCCUAAGUGCCCCCCAGUGCCAGGCAGCUCCUGGCACCUCUCUGGGCUCUCCAUCUGUCCUUUGUGACCGCCUCCUGGGAAGCAGCAGUAAGAUGGGAAUAAGUGUCUGUCCUUAACUGGUUCCUAGGAGAAAGCACUUCCUAGACAGGGAUGAGGUGAAGGGUGGUUUUGGGGACUAGAAGGGAAUAAUGUCAGGGUGCUGAGGCUCAGAGUGAAGACUGGAUCAGAAUGGAGGGAGAGAGUAGUGAGUUCAGUGUGUCCCCUGAGUGAAGCUAGGGGAGGGGGAGCUCAUGAUGCUGGGCGGUGGAGCUGUAUGUGCCUUCCCACCACGGUUCCAUCUCCCUUCUCUCUCGUCUUCAUUCACCCACACUCACACCACUCUCGCACUGCUGAUUCAGGGGAAAGAGAGGUUGGUGCUUUCUGCUUGGACUGGCCACCACAAACUGUUUUUCUUGAAGAGGAGGAAAAAACACCUCCUGUUAACCGUCACAAGUUCUCCCCCAUCUUCUCUCUUCCUCUCUCACACAAUGCCAUGGGCUGUGUAACAGAGGGGCACAAAGACCACUUCAGAGCAGUUCCCUGGGGACACAGAGGCACAAAAGGUUGCACCAGGUUCCUGUGCACCAAUACAACUCUUCUGGGGGCUGAAGAGCUGAGUGUAAUAAAAGAGAUGAGAGCUGUCACCACAACAGGGGCUGCUGAAAUGAGGUGUACCACUUGCUCUUUUAUCCUCCACCUUCACCACCAGCUGAGGAAAGCUAGAGAGUGAGCAAGGAUCCUUCCACAGUGAAGAAGUGCCUGCUCUGAGUCAUGUCCCUUCCCUCACCCCCAGCCCACCCUCAGGGCAUGAGCUGCCAAGGGGCUUGGUUGUAUGACACCCGUCAUGAAGGGCUGAUUAAGUCUGAAAGAGCCAGAGUCAGUGGGUUGCUGGAAAGUGUGAGCCACAACAGUGGUGGGUUCUCUGAGGCAAAAGGGGCCCCCAGGCUGAGGCACAUGGAUGGAAAUGUAUUGCCCUAUGCAAAGCUUAUCAAUCAGCUGCACGGGAGCUGGACUGAGCACCCUCAGAGCACAAGCUUGGGUGGGUUUUCCCCAGCGCUGCUGGAUUAGGAGGGUCCCUUCCUCACCCCUCUCGCAGUGCUACAGCCUGCAGCCCCUCUUCUCACUGCCGGCUGCUUCUCCUGCUUCUCCUGUCUGCCCCCUCAGACCUUCUCAGCUUUGUCCUAUAUUGCUGCUGGGCUCAGGAUUGAUGGGUCACAUGUGCUCUGGUUGGAGGUCACCACAGACUCUUUCCUCAUACUGCUUGUGAAACUAGCACAUUUGAAGGAUUAAAUGGAGGGAGAGGGAGGAAAAAACCCAAACACAACAAAAAUAAAAGAAGAGCAGGAAAAAAGAUGAGCGUGUUCUCAAAAGCCCUGAAACAAUCAGUGAAAAGCUGAAAGAGGCGGAAAGAUCAAACCAAAAAAGCUUCCAACCUGACCAAGCACAGACCUGAGUGGGAAGACAAAGACCCUCGCAUCUGCUGGAUGCCGCCAUGAGGCCCGUGUUCCCAGUGCUGUUCCUCACCUUCACUCUGCUGGCUUUCAAUGCUGGCCACAUCCUACCAGGAGAAGCAGAGGUGGGAAGCAGGAAGCAGAAAGUAUGGGCCAGAGCGGGGAGUUCAGCCGUGCUGCCUUGCUACCUGAGCCACAGAAAGAUGGGGAAGAGCUGGAAGCAACUGCCUGACAAGACAUCUGUGCUUUGGAAGCGGCUUGGGGGAAGCACCCACCAGGAGCCACACGUAGUGCUGGAGGUGGAGGACUCGGGGCUCAGGAAGACGGCGCUGCCCAUGAGGCCCCGGGUGUCACUCCAGGACUCUGCCUUACGCAACGGCAACUUCUCCCUGCGCAUCAGCCCGGUGCGGAGCGAGGAUGCCGGGCUCUACGAGGCGUGGGUGAUGCGCAACACCAAGGCGCAGAGCUGCCACGUGGAGCUGGAGGUCAUCACAGUAACCCUCAGUCCACCCAGCCCUGUGGUGGCAAAUGAGCCGCUCCUGUUGCAGUGCAACUCCAGCCACCGUGCGAGCCUCGUGGAGACAUGCUGGUUCCACAAUGGGCGCCUGGUCCCCACCUCCAGGACCUUCUGCUCCUCGCAUGGGGCUCUCUCCAUCCUCCGGCCAACCAUGAGCGAUGCGGGCUCCUGGCGCUGCCAGCUCAGAUACUCCGAUAAUGAGAUCAUUUCUGCCAUGUACAACCUGCAAAUUCUAGGUUUUGAAGGCCCAGCCAACCCUGUGGUCUAUGCUGCAGCUGGUUCUGCAGCUGAUCUACCGUGCACCUUGAGCUACCUUCCCAGUGCCUUUGGGAUCAAUGUGGUGACAGCCCACUGGAGCCGCCUUGCAGGAGGACACUUGCAAGACCGGGGCAUCUCCUACAAUUCGAGCAGCAGAAGCUUCCCCCUUCAUCUCCCUGCGGUGGGGCUGGGUGAUGCAGGACAGUACCGCUGUGCUGUCUCUGUCAGCAGCAGGAUGAUCAGCAGGGAUGUGACCCUGGCAGUGGUUACAGUCACUCCAAGCAUUCAAGGACCCGUUUCUGAGGGGAGUCACUUGCUGCUCAUCUGCAGCCUCACACACCCUCAGGGACAUGAACGUUUCCAGUGGAAGCAGCUUGACUCAGCCCCUACUAACAGCAAGCUGGCCAGGGCCACCUCCCAUAACCUGCGGGGCCACAGAUUCCAGAUUGGCCCUACCUUGGAAAUACCCCAUGUGUCACAAAAGGAUACGGGCACAUGGGAAUGCAGUGUGUAUGGCCCAGAAGGCAGACUGGGAGCAGUGGAGUAUGGGCUGCAGAUCACAGGUGCCCAGGUCUCCAGCCCUCCCACCAUCUUCAGUGGGCAGGUUACGUUUGGGCUCACACUCACCUUCUUCCUCCUGCUUAUAGUCUGUGUCAUGGCUCUGGCCCUACAAAAAAGGGCACGGUCUCCUGCCUUCCCUGCGCUGGAUGGGAUGAUUGCAAUUGCUAUGCCGAGGAAGAAGGAGGUGGAGGAAAACCAGAAAGAGAACAUCCAGCAAACUGAGUGCUGAUGGCAGCAGGGACCAGUCUGCAUGGGAGGAUGAAACUCUGUGUGCCAUGCUGCAGAGAGAUGGACACUAUGCAGACCUCUCAGGAGGGUCUAGGGAUGGCGUGAUGAUAGCAGGAAGCUGUGGGAGAUCUGUACCUGCAAAAGGGCUGGAAGCUGCAUAUGAGGGCAAAACACGACUCAUCUCUGCAGCAGCACAGAUGCUUUGGAGCUAUUGGGAGUAUUCGAGCCGGUAGCUAUUGCCUACUCCAGUGACACCUCCCUCUCCCACCCUUUGCCCCUCCUUCAUGGCCUCUCUCACAGCCUUUUAGUGGUGGGACACUUGGACCCAGGAGAUAGCUGGAACCCAGCUCCCUUGCAGCCCAAUGGUGCUUUCUACACA